ACUUGGUGUGGCGUGGUACGCUAGUGAGCUGAGUAUAGCACGGAAGCACGGACUCCAGAACUUGAAGCUUGAAGUUUCAAAGCAGUGAAAUAAUUGUUAGAACUAAGCUAGAAACGCCACCCGACAGAUCACGAGCAUGGCGAACGAGCAAUACGUAUCCAAAAAGACCGUUGCUGCAUCCUAUCGACCACGCAGUUCUCUUAUGUCUCCCGGCCUCCAGCGCGCACGGGCACCUUUUCGCCUCCGAAACGCUAUCACCGGCUUCGUACUCGCAGGCUUUGGCGUCGGCGUUUGGGCAUACUCUAUCAGCGCGGUGAAACAAGAUGACUUCUCCGACGUUGAUGAGGAGGCGCGGGCGCUGAUGCGUGCUGGGCCAAUCGUGGAGGAGGUCAAAGUUUCCGUGAUGAACGAGGCAAAAGUCGUGGCGACACAGACUCCGAGCAGCGUACCUGUGAAGGUCAAGGGAGCUACCGUGCCAUCAAUACACCGAGGUUUGCUUGUGCCCGUUCUUGAGAGGCAUUUCCCCCGAUUGUUGGACCCAUCACGGAAGACGCUCAUUUGGGGUGCGCCUUCGGUGGACAAUAUCGGGAGGCUCCGCGAUUCGGUAUAGAGGUUUUUCAGGCCCUUGGAUAUAUAUUUCCUCUACAGAUAAUGUAUCAGCAAAGUACAAGACGAUAAACUAAUAGUAGACCAUUUCGCAUAUAUAUGUAUGGACACUCUCGUUCGAUCCAGCCCCUUUCAUAAAACUGGAUAGUGCGAAAAGCCAAAAUCAAGAAUCAAGAAAUCGAGACGAUUGAGAAGCAAUUCACAUUCAUGUUGACGCAUUGACGCAACGUCUCAUACACAACCUCUACACACUGGCGCAGGCCGACGAUGCCACCAAUAGAAGAAUAGAUCUCCAGCCAGCGCGAGUCUGGAGAGACAGUGCUGAAAGCCUGUUGCAAAGACCGAUCAAAUUGAGCCCUUUAGCAAACAACCCAUCACUCACCCGCCUCAGCCA